AAACCUCCAACUGGAGCCUCCAAACCCUGCAGGCCGCUGAUCCGUCCUCCUCUCACAUCCUCUGAACCAGUUGAAGCUGCUCCAAGCUGACAGCAGGACGCACAGCGGGACGCACAGCAGAGUGCACAGGACUCCAGGACGCAGUGGACAACUCUCUUCUCACCUUGUGUAUCAUCAGAGGAUUGCUGUCACCAUGGAUGUCUCUCCCAUCUUUAUAGUCUCUCACUUUAUGAUGAAGCCGACAAACAAACGCUGCAUACCCAGCUAGCAAUAAAUUUCACUUUUUAGCACUUUCAGAGCUGAACUGAAAGGUUUUUACAAUUAUUUUUGUGUUAGAAAUUUAUUUAUAAACACAUAUUACCUCAUAAGUCACUGUCAAUAAUACAAUAAAUUAUAUUUUAAGUAGUGAUGGAUACAACUACACUAGCCACCCUGGCUACUGCCACCACCAUGGCUGUGGCCGCUCAGUCUGACAUGUCAGGAUACAUGUGGCUGCUGGUGCUCGGCUUCAUCAUCGCCUUCGUCCUGGCUUUCUCUGUGGGAGCCAACGAUGUGGCCAACUCCUUCGGUACAGCGGUGGGCUCCGGGGUGGUCACUUUGCGGCAGGCCUGCAUCCUGGCUACUGUCUUUGAGACGGUGGGCUCAGUGCUGCUGGGAGCCAAAGUCAGCGAGACCAUCCGGCAGGGGAUCAUCGACGUGCAGAUGUAUAACGGAUCAGAGCACGUCUUGAUGGCAGGAUCCAUAAGUGCAAUGUGUGGCUCGGCUGUGUGGCAGCUGGCUGCAUCGUUCCUGAAGCUCCCCAUUUCUGGAACCCACUGUAUUGUUGGAGCCACAAUUGGUUUCUCCAUGGUGGCCAGAGGUCACCAAGGGGUCAAAUGGAUGGAACUGCUACGCAUCGUGGCAUCCUGGUUCCUGUCACCUGUGCUGUCCGGCAUCAUGUCAGGAAUUCUCUUCUACUUUGUCCGUAAAUUCAUUCUGAACAAGGCUAACCCUGUUCCCAACGGCCUGAGAGCCCUUCCUGUCUUCUACGCCAUCACCAUGGGCAUCAACCUUUUCUCCAUCAUGUUUACAGGAGCACCAAUGCUGGGUUUUGACAGACUGCCAUGGUGGGGUACGCUGUGCAUUUCUCUGGGCUGUGCCGUCGUCACAGCUCUGGUCGUUUGGUUUGUUGUCUGUCCACGCCUCAAGAAGAAAAUCAAACAAGAAAUAGCCGCUGCUCCCUGUGAGACUCCGCUGAUGGAGAAGAACUCCAGCAAACCUGCACCUGCUGAGCUGCCCUCGUUGCCUGAACCCCACAUGCCUCCAGCAGACAGUCAGAAGGUGGCUUUCAAACUGGGAGGCUCAGAGGAGACGGAUUUAGACAACAGUGACAUAGAAACCAAAGACCUGGAUGUUGCCAACGGUCUGAACGGCACUGUUGGCCCCAUGAUGAUCACUGAUCCUCACAGCGGACGCUCCCACACAAUCCACAAAGACUCGGGCCUUUACAAAGACCUGCUACACAAGCUGCACAUGGCCAAGGUUGGCGACUGCAUCGGGGAAGAAGAAGAGCGGCCGAUCCGCAGGAACAACAGCUACACCUCCUACACCAUGGCUAUCUACGGAAUCCAAGGAGAUCCCAGAUACAAAGACGUGGACGGCGGCGCCGGGCUGCAGAGAAGAUCGAGGGUGGACAGCUACAGCAGCUACAGCUCAGCGUUGAGCAGUGGGAGUGCAGCUCAGGACGGGAGUGUGACUCAGGAAGCUGGCGGGGAUCUGGCUCUGGAGGAGGAUGAGCUGGAGGUCGACCAGCCUGCUGUUUCUUUGCUCUUCCAGUUCCUGCAGAUACUCACGGCCUGCUUUGGCUCUUUUGCUCAUGGAGGGAACGACGUGAGCAAUGCUAUCGGUCCACUGGUGGCUCUCUGGCUUCUGUACGAGAGCGGCUCCGUGGUUUCAAAUGCACCGACGCCCAUCUGGUUGCUACUGUAUGGGGGAGUGGGCAUCUGCGCUGGACUGUGGGUGUGGGGUCGGAGGGUGAUCCAGACCAUGGGCAAAGAUCUUACCCCCAUUACACCCUCCAGUGGAUUCAGCAUUGAGCUGGCUUCAGCAAUCACAGUUGUUGUGGCGUCCAACAUCGGCCUUCCUGUCAGCACAACCCACUGCAAGGUGGGGUCUGUGGUAUCUGUGGGAUGGCUGCGCUCCAGGAAGUCAGUAGACUGGCGUUUGUUCAGGAACAUCUUCAUCGCCUGGUUUGUCACAGUCCCCAUCUCUGGGCUGAUCAGUGCCGCCAUCAUGGCUCUCUUCAUCUACGUCGUUCUGUGAGCCUCCUACUAUGCAGCUACACUGUUACUUGAACCGAUGGACUGCUGCCAACAGCUUUUGUUUGCUUCUGUGAUAAAACUGUGCUAAUAGAUGUGUUCCAGCUGUUCUCUGUUAAUGAUUUAUAUUAUGUCAUUCAGUGUAAUUCUAAAUUCUGAUAAUACUGUGUAAAUGUCUAAACGACUGUGAUCCUGUAUAUCCUUUUGUAUAUUUGUAUAAAAGCAAUAUGUAUUAAAUCAAACCAGCCAAUUUUGAUAGAAGCAGAAUGGGCAACAGCCAUAUUUUAUGUUUGCAUAUUUGAAGAUGGAGUUGCUUGAUUUGAAGGGAUUUCCAUGUAUUUUAUUCACCAUUAAACCUUUUUUGUCACUGAA